AUGAACCCAAUUAGUAUUGAAGAAUACCUUCAAAGUAUUGAAGAAAAUAAUAAGAAUACAAAAGACGCUUGUAUUAGAUAUAUUAAUGAAUUUAAUAAUUCUACAUCUUCACUAGAACAAUUUAUGCAAUUAAUUAUUCAAUCCUUAAAUGUUCACGACUAUUUGCUAAAGAAACUUUCUGAGAACAAUCUUCAAUUACAAAACCAAGUCAAUGGUUUGAAAAAAGAACUCUCUGAGUUAAAACAAACCACUAUACCAAAUUCAGGUGCUAGCUCUUCUCUUGGAAUACCUCCUCAUAUAAACAAUCCACAGCCUCAAAGUGCAGCUCAACCCAAUGCCUUUGCUUCUUAUUCUCCUCAAGUGAAUUCCCCAAACCAACAUUUGCUCCCUGAAUCCAAACCAUUACCUACUUCACAAGUACCAAUACAACCUAUCAGUCCUGGAAAGCCAAUAAUGCCUUCUCAACCAGGAUUUGGUCAAUAUGUUCAACCUAAGCCAAUUUCUCCUCAACAACAACCAAUGCAACCUAUCAAUCCAGGAAAGCCAAUAAUGCCUUCUCAACCUAUCAGUCCUGGAAAGCCAAUAAUGCCUUCUCAACCAGGAUUUGGUCAAUAUGUUCAACCUAAUCCAAUUUUUCCUCAACAACAACCAAUACAACCUAUCAAUCCAGGAAAUCCAAUAAUGCCUUCUCAACCAGGGUUUGGUUUGUAUGGUCAACCUAAGCCAAUUUCUCCUCAAUCAGGAGUACCAAUGAAACCAAGUUAUUCGAUAGAACCAACAUCAAAUAAUACUAACGCCUGA